AUGUGGGCCCAGCAUGAUGGAUUCAAGCAAGUUGUUUCAGAAGCCUGGAAAUCUGAUAUAUUCAUCAACCCAAUGAUUCAUCUUCUUCUCAAGAUGGGGAGUACUGAAGAAGCGUUGAAACGUUGGAACUGGGAGACUUUUGGUAACAUUUUCGCCCAGAUUAAAGUUUCUUUUGCGAAGGUGGAAAAGCUCGAGCAGGAGGCAAUCGCCUCUCCUACCACCUCUAUCCUCUCCUCCCUUGACAAGGAAAGGUCCAAUCUGCAAUGCCUAAAAUUUCUGGAAGAGGUUUUCUGGAAACAAAAGUUCAGGAACAGAUGGCUCAAAGAAGGUGAUAGAAACUCUAAGUUCUUCCAUACUUUAGUAACAAACCGGAUCAGAAGAUCCCAUAUCAGUCAAGUUGUAUUACAGGAUGGGUCCAUUACUUCCGACCAGGCCCAAAAGAAAGCUGCAGCUUCUGACUUCUUCAAGCUUCUUUAUUCAGCUGAAGCCAUAACACCUAUAGCUGAUUCCUCCAUCAAGCUCCCUCCGUUGGUCUCCCUAGCCUACAACGACUUCCUCCUAACCCCUCCCAUCGUAGAAGAAGUGAAACUUGUUGUUUCUUCGCUGCCUGUGGACGGUACCCCUGGCCCCGACGGAUUUUCUAGAGUAUUCUUUUCAUCGUGCUGGAACAUUGUGGCAGAGGAUCUCUACCGUGUAGUUAAAUUCCUUUUCCAAGGAGGCUUAACACAAUCCUUCCCAACCUUAUUUCCGAUGAGCAAAUGGCAUUUGUCCAAGAUUGACCUAGAUCGUGUAAGCUGGCCUUUCCUCAAGGCCGUUCUCCUUAAGUUCGGUUUCAGCCGGUCGUGGAUCUCGAUUGUGGAGCAAUGCUGGACGUCACCUUGGUUCUUGGUGCUUUUCAAUGGCGAGGCUACGAGCUUCUUUAAUUCUGAAAGAGGGCUCCGCCAAGGAGACCCUCUUUCUCCUAGUCUCUUCAUCUUAGUGAUGGAUGUUCUCAAUCGGGGCUUACAUAAUCUGUUUUCAACUAACUUAUGCAAGUCCUAUAAGACUAGAAGAGGGAAUCUAACAAUUUCCCAUCUUUUGUUUGCGGAUGAUACUACGGUCUUCAUCAACGGUGGCAGCACCUCUCUAAAUAAUCUGAUGGCUUUCCUCCAGAAUUUCAACCGCGUGUCUGGCCUGAAGAUCAACCUUACCAAAAGUAGUUUUAUGGUGUCCUCGGCAAGGAGUAGAAUUUGGAGAACAGAAAGAUUGACGGGUAUCACAAGAGCGACAUCAAUUUUUUCCUAUCUCGGAGUGUCGUUAUCCAAAGGGAAAAUCUGGGCUACUACGUACCAGCCCCUGGUAAAGAGAAUUGUGUCCCGCAUCGCGGGUUGGAAGGCCCAUUUCCUUAAUCAGGCAGCCAGAGUUACCCUUAUCAAGCACGUCCUCUCCAGCAUCCCUAUACACACCCUAGCAGCGGUUGACAUCCUGAAUAAAACCCUUACGGCCCUUGAGUUUGCAUUUGCUGACUUCUUCUGGGGGCGGUCAAAUGGAAAGAAAAACCUCCACAGGGUGAGCUAG